CUCCUCAUUGCUUCCGCCUCCUCCUCGGUUGUACUUACCUCGGGCAGCUAACAGCGGCGUGGCGCAGCUUUGAACCUACUACCCCGGGAAGCAGCAGUGUGACUAAGAAAAAAACAACAAUCUUUUUAAGCGGACGCGGUUCUCAAAAAAAAGUCCAGAAACCAUGACUAGCUACCACAAACCCGAUGAGAAAACUCUGCAGGGGCUGAAAGACGUCGCUAACAAGCUCAGGAUCCACUCCAUCAAGGCGACAUGCGCAUCUAACUCUGGUCACCCCACAUCAUGCUGCAGUGCAGCAGAGCUCAUGUCUGUGCUUUUCUUCCACACCAUGCGUUAUAAAGCAGAUGAUCCCCGCAACCAGUGUAACGACCGCUUUGUGCUCUCAAAGGGUCAUGCUGCACCUGUCCUGUAUGCUGCCUGGUCAGAGGCUGGUUUCGUGAAGGAGUCUGAUCUGCUCAACCUGCGCAAGAUUGACUGUGACCUGGAGGGGCACCCCACCCCAAAACUGGCUUUUGUUGAUGUGGCAACAGGAUCUCUGGGACAGGGUCUCGGGGCUGCCUGUGGGAUGGCCUACACUGGCAAACACUUUGACAAGUCAGCUUACCGUGUGUACUGCAUGAUGGGUGAUGGAGAGUGUUCAGAGGGCUCGGUGUGGGAGGCCAUGGCCUUUGCCUCUUACUACAAGCUGGACAACUUGGUUGCUAUCAUGGAUGUCAACCGGCUUGGUCAGAGUGAGGCCGCACCCCUGAAGCACGACAUGGAGACUUACCGCAAGCGCUGUGAAGCUUUCGGAUGGAACACGUAUGUUGUGGAUGGGCAUGAUGUCGAGGAGCUGUGUAAAGCUUUCUGGCAGGCUCAGCAGGUCAAGGACAAACCCACUUGCAUUGUAGCCAAGACAUUCAAGGGCAAGGGACUCAAAAAUAUCGAGGAUCUUGAUAACUGGCAUGGAAAGCCUAUCCCUAAGGACAGGGUGGAUGACCUCCUAAAAGACCUGCAGGCUCAGAUCCAGGUCCCCAACAAGACCCUGUGCCCUGAACUGCCCAAAGAUGACACAGCACCUGCAGACCUUAGUGCCAUCUCCAUGCCUACACCCCCAGAAUACAAAAAAGGAGAAAAGAUGGCAACAAGGCGUGCAUACGGCCUGGCACUGGCCAAGCUGGGCCAGGCAAGCAAGAGAGUGGUGGCCCUCGAUGGAGACACCAAAAACUCUACCUUCUCAGAGACCUUCAAGAAAGCCUUCCCUGACCGCUACAUUGAAUGCUUCAUUGCUGAACAGAACUUGGUGGGAGUGGCCAUUGGCUGUACCACCCGUGACCGCACGGUUGCAUUUGCAAGCACGUUUGCUGCCUUCUUCUCUAGAGCAUAUGACCAGAUCCGCAUGGGAGCAAUCUCCCAGUCAAAUGUCAACCUGGUAGGGUCCCACUGUGGGGUCUCCAUCGGUGAGGAUGGUCCUUCCCAGAUGGCCCUAGAGGACUUGGCCAUGUUCCGUGCUAUCCCAACAUGUACUGUGUUUUACCCCAGUGAUGCGGUGUCCACAGAGAAAGCCGUUGAGCUCUCAGCCAAUACGAAGGGUAUCUGUUUCAUCCGUACCAGUAGACCAGACAAUGAAGUCAUCUACUUGCCAGAUGAGAAGUUUGAAGUGGGCGUAGCUAAGGUGGUGCGCCAGUCUGACAGUGAUUGUGUAACAGUGAUUGGAGCUGGUGUUACUCUGCAUGAGGCCCUUGCUGCAGCAGAUAUGCUGGCCCUUGAAGGGAAGAAGAUCCGUGUAAUUGACCCGUUCACGAUCAAGCCCCUGGAUGCCGCCACCAUUCUGUCCAGUGCCAGAGCCACAGGCGGACAGAUAAUCACUGUGGAGGACCACUACAAGGAGGGUGGUCUUGGUGAAGCUGUACUGUCGGCAGUGGGCAAGGAGCCCAGCAUCGUUGUGACCCGGCUUGCAGUGACCGGUGUUCCCCGCAGCGGAAAGUCCCAAGAGCUACUGGACAUCUUUGGCAUCAGCGCCAAGCACAUUGCCAAUGCCGUGCGUCAGACCUUUGCAAAUUAA